AUGGGCAUCCUUACUUACCCACUACUAUUCCUCUCUUUCAUCUCCAUCAUUUGCCCCUUUUCAUUUCCCACACUUUGCUUUUCAUUUUCCUUGAGCAUCCUUACUUACCCACUACUAUUCCUCUUUCAUCUCCAUUAUUUGCCCCUUUUCAUUUCCCACACUUUGCUUUUUUUCAUUUUCCUUUGGCAUCCUUACUUACCCACUACUAUUCAUCUUUCAUUUACAUCAUUUGCCCUUUUCAUUUCCCUCACUUUGCCCCUUUGGCAUCCUUACUUAUUAUUCCUCUCUUUCAUUUCCAUCAUUUGCUCCAUUUCAUUUCCCACACUUUGCUUGUUCAUUUUCAAUGGGCAUCCUUACUUACCCCUUACUAUUCCUCUCUUUCAUCUCCAUCAUUUGCCCCAUUUCAUUUCCCACACUUUGCUUUUCAUUUUCCUUGGGCAUCCUUACUUACCCACUACUAUUCCUCUUUUCAUCUCCAUCAUUUGCCCCUUUUCAUUUCCCACACUUUUACUUUUUCAUUUUUCCUUUAGCAUCCUUACUUACCCCGCUACUAUUCCUCUCUUUCAUCUCCAUCAUUUGCCUUUCAUUUCCCUUUUACUUUUUCAUUUCCUCAUCCUUACUUACCCACUAUUCCUCUCUUUCAUUUCCAUCAUUUGCCCCUUUUCAUUUCCCACACUUUGCUUGUUCAUUUUCCAUGGGCAUCCUUACUUACCCACUACUAUUCCUCUCUUUCAUCUCCAUCAUUUGCCCCUUUUCAUUUCCCACACUUUGCUUGUUCAUUUUCCUUGGGCAUCCUUACUUACCCACUACUAUUCCUCUCUUUCAUCUCCAUCAUUUGCCCCUUUUCAUUUCCCACACUUUGCUUUUUCAUUUUCCUUUGGCAUCCUUACUUACCCACUACUAUUCCUCUCUUUCAUUUCAUCUCCAUCAUUUGCCCCACUUUUGCUUUCCCUAUUUUCCAUCCUUACAUCAUUACUUGCCCUUUUUUCAUUUUCAUCUCCAUCAUGGGCAUUUCCUUUGUUUGUUCAUUUCCUUGGGCAUCCUUACCCACUACUAUUCCUCUCUUUCAUUUCCAUCAUUUGCCCCUUUUCAUUUCCCACACUUUUCUUGUUCAUUUUCCUUGGGCAUCCUUACUUAACCCUAGUAUUCCUCUCUUUCAUCUCCAUCAUUUGCCCCUUUUCAUUUCCCACACUUUUGCUUGUUCAUUUUCAAUGGGCAUCCUUAUACUAUUCCUCUCUUUCAUCUCCAUCAUUUGCCCUUUUCAUUUCCCCACACUUUGCAUUUCAUUUUCCAUCCUUACUUUUAUUCCUCUUUUUCAUCUCCAUCAUUUGCCUUUUCAUUUCCCACACUUUGCUUGUUCAUUUUCCUUUGGCAUCCUUACUUACCCACUACUAUUCCUCUCUUUCAUCUCCAUCAUUUGCCCCUUUUCAUUUCCCACUUUGCUUGUUCAUUUUCCAUGGGCAUCCUUACUUACCCACUACUAUUCCUUUCUUUCAUUUCCAUCAUUUGCCCUUUUCAUUUCCCACACUUUGCUUGUUCAUUUUCAAUGGGCAUCCUUACUUAACCACUUACCUCUCUUUCAUCUCCAUCAUUGCCCUUUUCAUUUCCAUCAUUUCAUUUUCAAUGGGCAUCCUUUUUAGUAUUCCUCUCUUUCAUUUCAUCAUUUGCUCCUUUUCAUUUCCAUUUUCAUUUUCAAUGGGCAUCCUUACUUAA